AUCAAUGAAAAAACCCGCACAACCUCUUAAUGUUAAAAUAAAUAAAGAAGAGGUGAAAGUGUAUUAAUGGGCCAGGUAAUCUGGCCCGUAUACAUUUGAAGUAAAAACCCUUUCGAACCAAUCCAAAUCGCCGUCGUCUCCUCCGUUAUCUCAGUAACCAAACAAAUCCCUCAUCGCUCGCACCCAUUUCUACGAUCUCCUCGAUCUCUUUCUAGUAUCGAUUUUCACCAACGACGCAAAGAACGCAACUCUUACACCUCGGUUUUGCAAAAAAAAAAAAAGAAAAUGGCGUAUUCUAGGGCAGCGAGACGACCCCUUGGAGUAUUUCUUUAUAGUGCUAGUCGUAGGUUCAGUUGUGGAAAUGAGUACUCUAGCAAAUUCGAAAGUCUGUCUCAGUACAGGAGCCCUGUUGGUGGGUUUGGGAACUUGUUGAGGAGUUUUAGUUCGGAGGCUCCUGCUGGAGUUGACCAGAUGAGCCUCAUCAAGCAACUGAGGCAAAGAACUAGUGCUCCUAUUAAAGAUGUUAAGGCUUCUCUUGUUGAAUGCAAUUGGGACAUUGAGGCUGCUCAGAAGGAUUUGAGGAAGAGAGGCAAAGUACUGGCUUCCAAAAAGUCGUCACGGACAGCUGCAGAGGGUAUGCUUGCUGUUGCCCAGAACGAGGGAAGAGUUGCUGUUAUCGAACUGAACUGCGAGACAGACUUUGUGGCUAGGAACGACAUCUUCCAGUACUUGGCUUUAGCUAUGGCAAAACGUGCUUUGCUGGUUGAUAACAGUUCUCAGCAAGUUCCUGGUGUCUUCCCCUUUGGCCCUGAGCUUUUUGAGGAGUUGAAGCUCAAUCUCGACCAUCCAAAAGUGAAUGGUGAAACCACAGUUUCAAACGCUGCUACAGAAGUAGCUGCGAUAAUGGGAGAGAAUGUCAAGUUUAGGAGAGGUUUCUUGAUGUCAAAAUCUUCAACAGGCGUCCUCUCUGCAUAUCUCCACACAAGUCCCCAACCAGGGUUGGGUCGUAUCGCUGGGAUUGUAUCUCUCGAAGUAGAAGGUGGAAACACUCAACUAGAGGCUCUUCAACGUGUAGGCUCAGAAAUGGCCAUGCAUGUUGUAGCUGCAAAGCCUUUAUUUUUGAGCAAAGACCUUGUUUCUUCUGAAGCAUUAGCAAACGAACGGGAGAUUCUCAAAUCUCAGGCGGAAAGUACAGCCAAGUCUCAGAUGGCUGUGGAGAAGAUGGUGGAAGGCCGUCUCCGUAAAUAUUUCGAAGAAGUUGCUCUAAUGGAGCAAAAGUUCAUUGUGAACGAUUCUAUUAACAUAAAGACAUUGGUGGAUAAUUUGUCCAAGGAGGUGGGUUCUCCUGUGAAGGUUGCCGAUUUUCUGAGAGUUGAGGUUGGGGAAGGAAUCGAAAGGCUUGAAGCAUCCGAUGAACCGGUUGCUCAAACUGCUUGAAGAUGAUGAAUGUGGAGAUGGUGUUAAAUUAAGAGACCUCUUUCUUUGGUUAAUUGGGUUUGGAUACCGAUCACUCACCAUAUGGUUUCUAUGCCGGCUUGAGACUACAGAGUGUUAAGUGUUUCCUUUUCCCAUGUUUUGUUGUUUUAGAAAUGUGAGUUUGCCAUACAAUUUCCCAAUAAGAUCAAUUUUGUGAUUGUGCACAUUACUUCUUUCACUCUUUGGCUAUAUAUACAGCCUAUGGAAGCUGUGUGACAAAACCAUGUAUUGUUGAGUUUUCUUACAAAAGUCCAUACAGAAAACCUUUACUUCUCUA